AUGGCCCUCGAAAUCCUGACCAAGAUCACCUCUGCCUUCGGGCACGAACUGAAGGGCGACAGCAACCGGUUUGAUGAGCUCGUGUUGGCGUUGAAGGAGGCCCUGGGCCCGUCGUCGGGGUUGGACUCGGCUGACGUCGACGUCAAGGAGUUGAUGGAGCUGAUGGAACAAUACAACUCAAGGGAGAGCGAAUGGAUCCAAUUUGCAUUCGCCGAGAAGAGCAUGGGAUACACAAGAAACCUCGUCGACGAGGGUAACGGCAAGAGCAAUCUCCUUGUGCUUGUCUGGUCUCCGGGCAAGGGCAGUCCCAUCCACGACCACGGCAACGCCCAUUGCCUCAUGAAGAUCCUCAAGGGCAACCUGACUGAGAUUCGAUAUGCCUUCCCCGAGGGCGAGGAAGAACAACCGAUGAAAGUGAUGUCUGAGAGAACACAUAAGGAGAAUGCGGUGGCAUACAUGGCAGACGAACUUGGCGUCCACCGGGUCUGCAACAGGGGCAGCGACUUCGCCGUAUCCCUUCACCUGUACACCCCGCCCAAUGUCGCUAAGGGAGGAUGCAACAUCUUCAAUGAGAAGACAAGUAAGAGCAGUCAUGUAGCCAAGUGCGGCUACUACUCGGCGUACGGCCGCCGACUGCCGAAGCAGUAA